ACCACUGAAGAAGUGUAAACGGAAGUGAACAGUGACCAAGACAAAUUUCCACGUUAGCAUUUCUAUUGUUAUUUAGACAUGUAUUACACCAUGGAACUCAGAAUAUGAGUCAUUUAACUGCAGAGUAUCAUAAACGUAUCCCAGGUAGUCUUUAAUUCGCGUUGUAGACGGGCCUUGGUUGAUCGAUCUGUUAUCUAGGUAACGCUAACUAUCUAGCUGCUAAUGUUAGCUAACAAUGGCUAACUGUAUGGUUUUUCACACUCAAAUAGCCUCCAUCAUGGAGGUGUUAGCGAAUGCAGCUGUGGCAGAGGUCUGUAAACUGGUAGACGAUGACUAUGCAGUGUUUCGUUUGGAAAUAACUCAAAGCCAGAAAGAAAACAGCGCAUUGCGAAGGAAAGUACAGCUACUCGAACUGAAGAUGGUACGGGAGCGCAUCCUCGCCACUCGCCCCGGUAGUGUCAAAAUCCUUGACCGAUACAGAGGAAUGGCAAAAGGACAUCUCACUGGAGGCCACAGGAGCUUUGUGAAGCCAGCGGGACACAAUACAUGGAGAGAUGACCAACCAAUCACUGUUGAUGAGGGGAAUGGAGAGUCAACCCAGAAUGUUAUCGUGAUAGAGUCUGCAAAUGCAGAGGCUGCAGGUUCUGGGGUCAAGCUGGAGAGAUCUGAAGGAGAUGAGGACCCGCUGCACAGCAGAGACAUCCAGACUGGAGCAGCUCAUGGAGUGGCGCUCCCUGUAGCCACUGAGGACCUCACCACUACUGCUGCGCCCCAGACCAGGACCCGAUGCAGCAUCACGGAGUCUGCAGUCCAUGAGGACCUGCUGAUAUCCAGUGUUGCUGGCACUUGAGGAGCGGGACACUAAUCUGGACCCCUAUAAGAAAUCCAGCUAUGCCCUCAGACGAACCAUCAAACAAGCAAAGUGUCAAUACAGGAUUAAGAUUGAAUCGUACUACACCUUCUCUGACGCUCGUCGGAUGUGGCAGGGCUUGGAAACUAUUACGGACUACAAAGGGAAACCCAGCCGCGAGCUGCCCAGUGACGCGAGCCUACCAGACGAGCUAAAUGCCUUUUAUGCUCGCUUCAAGGCAAGCAAUACAUAAGCAUGCACGAGAUUACCAGCUGUUCUGGAUGACUGUGUGAUAAUGCUCUCUGUAGCUGAUGUGAGCAAGAUCUUUAAACAGGUUAACGUUCACAAAGACACGGGGCCAGAUGGAUUACCAGGACGUGUACUCAAAGCAUGCGCAGACCAACUGGCAAGUGUCUUCACUGACAUUUUCAAUCUCUCCCUGACUGAGUCUGUAAUACCUACAUGUUUCAAGCAGACCACCAUGGUUCCUGUGCCCAAGGAAGUAAAGGUAACCUGCUUAAAUGAUUACCGCCCCGUAACAAUCACGUCGGUAGCCAUGAUGUGCUUUGAAAGGCUGGUCAUGGCUCCCAUCAACAGCAUCAUCACGGAUACCCUAGACCCACUCCAAUUCGCAUACGGCCCCAAAAGAUACACAGAUGAUGCAAUCUCAAUCGUACUCCACACUGCCCUUUCCCACCUGGACAAAAGGAAGACCUAUGUGAGAAUGCUAUUCAUUGACUCAUUGUGCCCACGAAGCUCAUCACUAAGCUAAGGACCCUGGGACUAAACACCUCCCUCUGCAACUGGAUCCUGGACUUCCUGAUGGGCCGCCCCCAGGUGGUAAGGGUAGGCAACAACACGUCUGCCGCGCUGAUCCUUAACACUGGAGCCCCUCAGUGGUGUGUACUUAAUCCCCUCCUGUACUCCCUGUUCAUCCACGACUGCGUGGCCAAACACCAUCAUUAAGUUUGCUGAUGACACAACAGUGGAAGGCCUGAUCACCAACAACAAUGAGACUGCCUAUAGGGACGAGGUCAGAGAACUGUCAGUGUGGUGCCAGGACAACAACCUCUCCCUCAAUGUGAGAAAGACAAAGGAGCUGAUUGUGGACUACAGGAAAAUUUGGGCCGAACAGGCUCCCGUUAACAUCAACGGGACUGUAGUGGAGCGGUUCAAGAGUUUCAAGUUCCUUGGUGUCCAAAUCACCAACGAUCUAUCAUGGUCCUAACACACCAAGACAGUCGUGAAGAGGGCAUGACAAAACCUUUUCCCCCUCAGGAGACUGAAAAGAUUUGGUAUGAGUCCCCAGAUCUUCAAAAAGUUCUACAGCUGCACCAUCGAGAUCAUCCUGACCGGUAGCAUCACCUCCUGGUAUGGCAUCUGACCGUAAGGCGCUACAGAGGGUGGUGUGUAUGGCCCAGUACAUCACUGGGGCCAAGCUUCCUGCAAUCCAGGACCUAUAUAAUAGGUGGUUUCAGAGGAAAGCCCAUAAAAUGGUCAGAGACUCCAGUCACCCAAGUCAUUGACUGUUUUCUUUGCUACAGAACGGCAAGAGGUACCGGAGCGAAAGGCUCCUCAACAGCUUCUACCCCCAAGCCAUACGAAUGCUGAACAAUUAAUCAAACAGCCAAGGGAUUAUUACAUUGACCCCCCCCUCCUCCAUUUGUUUUAUUGCUACUUGCUGUUUAUUAUCUAUGCAUAGUCACUUCACCCCUACCUACAUGUACAAAUUGCCUCUAACUUGUACCCCCGCACACUGACUCUGUACCGCUACCCCUUGUAUAUAGCCUUGUUAUUGUUAUGUUAUUGUGUUACUUAUUUUUUACUUUAGUUUGUUUGGUAAAUGGUUUUUUUCUUUUGUUUUUUAAACUUUUUUACUCCUUUUUUCUCCCCAAUUUUGUGGUUUCCAAUUGGUAGUAGUUACAGUCUUGUCUCAUCGCGGCAACUCCUGUAUGGACUCGGGAGAGGCGAAGGUCGCGAGCCAAGCAUCCCCCGAAACACAACCCAACCUAGCCGCACUGCUUCUUGACACAACGCACAUCCAACCCGGAACCCAGCCGCACCAAUGUGUCGGAGGAAACACUGUACACCUGGCGACCUGGUCAGCGUGCACUGUGCCCGGCCCGCCACAGGAGUCGCUAGUGCGCGAUGAGACAAGGAUAUCCCUGCUGGCCUAACCCGGACGACGCUAGGCCAAUUGUGUCGCGGCCAGCUGCGACAGAGCCUGGGCUCGAACCCAGAUUCUCUAGUUGCACAGCUAGACCACUGCGCCACCCGGGAGGCCCUUGUAAAUAUUUUCUUAACUUUUCUUGAAAUUCACUGUUGGUUAAGGGCUUGUAAGUAAGCAUUUCAAGGUAACUUGUUGUAUUUGGCGCAUGUGACAAAGUUUGAUUUGAUUUUCCUCUCCUGAAAACCCUGAGCAGUCGAGAGAUGGUGAACUCUCAGAAAUUGAACCUGAGAAAAAUGAUUUGUAAGAUCCUGCGCUGAGAGGUGAGGUGAAGGCUUCCAAGCCUCAACCGAAUCACCAGGAAAAUACUAGAGAUGACUUGGGCCCAGUGGGAGUACAAUUCUUGAGGAGCAUGCUAACAGAUACAUUGUGAUAUAGCUAGUUAGCAUUGGCUUGCGAAACUAGCUCUAACUUCCAUACUGGACAUAAAAAUGGUAUCCACUAGUUCAUCUGCCUGGGGAAGUAGUAUCCUGAAGUAUCCCUUUAAAUUGUACUGUACAGAUGGAAUGGAAAUCCCAGAAGAUUGAAUUGGUAGUAGCAGCAGAGAAGUUUUCGGGUGUCAUAUUUGAAUGUAGAAGGAACUACGGGGGUUUUGAGAGAAGGGGUUCCAGCCUCCCAGACUGAUGGUGUUGAUGUAGGACCUGUUAGGGCCAAAGUAGUGUGAAGGGGUGGUGCUAUAUAGAGAGCAAUUUUAAUGGUGUCUUUUCAUAGGCACUAACACCCUCCAUGGUUUGUUGUAAAAAGCCUAUAGGGAAUUUAAUGGAGUUUUUGUAGGGUUUUUGGAUAAAUGCCGGAAAUAAGGUCUGUGGUAAACACAGGUUGUGUCUGAAUACCCAUACCAGUGUACUAUAUACUUAAACUGCAUGGUAUGUACUCAUCUCAGUGCUAGAGGCGUCACUACAGGCCCUGGUUCGAUUCCAGGCUGUAUCACAACCAGCCGUGAUUGGGAGUCCCAAAGGGCGGCGCACAAUUGGCCCAGCGUCGUCCGGGUUAGGCCAUCAUUGUAAAUAAGAAUUUGUUCUUAAACAGACUUGCCUAGUUAAAUAAAGGUAUAAAACAAAUUGUCUCAUACUAUUUAUGACAAUGUUUAGUAAAAAGCAUGCGUUAUGCCACAGCCGUAGCAUACUCCUUUGAUAUGGCUUCGCAGAUAUAAACCAGAAAGUGAAUCCUCAAAAAUCUCUGGAUACACAGUUCUAAAUCCAAAUAUCAUCCCUAUUUAUAAAUCUGUUUUCAAAUAUGUUCAAUUCAAUGGUCAUGAUAAUUUUAAGGACAACAAAACACACAUUACAUUUUAACAGAGACUCUUUGCAGGUCUUCUUUGCCAACUUAAAAAAAAAAUGGUUUUACUUCCAGAGAACUAUGAUAUCUCAAUGUCCUCCUUUUUUUCCAGUUUGAAUGCAUUGUGGGUGUGAAAUGUCCAAAAAGUUUACAAUUCAUUCAUACUACAUCCAGGCAUUUAAAGCGUUCAACAUUUUCAAAAUGUCACAUACUAUAAAACAAAACAAAAAUCACAUACUCAAACAGCCUUUCUAUUUAGGAUGUAGUAUGGGUAUUUGGAUACAACCACUGGCUUAGAUCUUAAACGUUUUGUUCUAUGACAAUCUUAAUCAGCUAACAUCAAGGCCUAAAAUAAACUUUUUGGUCCACCAGCCACUGGCAGGUACAGGAAAAAAUCUUACCAGACACUCAGAUUUUUUUUAUCAGUCAAAUUAUUUUUGGGCCAUAAUUACAUACAAUUUUUUUUUUUACAGAUGACCAUGCUUUGUAAUGUUUCUAAUACAAUUGUAUUAGUAAGAAGUAACGUGGUAUAUUACUAAAUUUCACAAAACAAUGUGUGACUUCAGUCUUUUAACCAAAAUAUCAGAUGAUGUUUCCCUUUUUUGUGAACAAAAGUGCAAUGCACUUUCCGAACAGUGAACAGCAGCAAUACGCAACAAAGCGUCUACCCGGCCGGAAAACUACACGAAGAAGUAGUAAACGGAAGUGAACAGUGAUCAAGAACAAUUUCCACGUUAGCGGUUUUUUGUUAUUUAGACAUUUAUUAACACCUUGGAACUCAAAAUAGGAUUAAUUUAACUGCACAGCAUAACUUAUGUAUCCCUGGUAGUGUUUAAUUUGCGUUGAAGACAGUACUUGGUUGAUAUAGGUGAUAUAGUUCAUGAUAGUUAGCUGCUAACGUUAGCUAACAAUGGCUACCUGUAACUCAAACGUUAUGAUUUUUCACACUCAAAUAGCCUCCGUCAUGGAGGUACUAGCGAAUGCGGCCGUUGCAGAGAUCUGUAAACUCGUAGACGACGACUAUGCAGUGUUUCGUUUAGAAAUAACUCAAAGUCAGAAAGAAAACAGGGCAUUGCGGAGGAAACUACAGCUAAUUGAACUGAAGGUGGCACGGGAGCGCGCCGAGAGGACAACGCGAGAGCGCGUCUUCGCCAGUCGUCCCAGUAGUGUCAAGAUCCUCGACCGAUACAGAGGAAUGACAAGAGGUGAAGGACAUCUCACUGGAGGCCACAGGAGCUUUGUGAAACCAACGGGACAUAAUACAUGGAGAGAUGACCAACCCAUAGCUAUAGAUGAGGGGAGUGGAACCUCAAACCAGCAUGUUAUCCUGAUAGAGUCUGCAGAUGCAGAGGCUGCUAGUCCUGGAGGAUCGUCUCUGGUCAAACAGGAGAGGACUGAAGGAGAGGAGGACCCACGACACAGCAGAGACAUCCAGAUUGGAGCGGUUGGAGUGGCACCCACUGUAGCCACGGAGGACUUCGCCUCCGCGGCCCAUCCUAGGGCCCAAUGCAGCAUCACGGAGGAGGAGGAGGGUCCAGAGGUGCUGCUGGUGAAGGAUGAGGGUCUGGGGAACCCUGAGGGGGAGGACAACCAGACUACACCUCCUCCUGAACCCACAGAGGAACCAGCUGAGCAGCACAGGACCACACACAGUCUCACUGAGUCAGUAGACAUGGAGGAUGGGAAGCCUGAUCUGCUGCUGGUCAAAGAGGAGACUAUAGAAGAUGAACCAGAGAGCAUUGACCUGCUGAGUGGACUAAAGAUGGGGGAGCAAGGUGAUUGGCUGGAGGCUAACAGAGGGGACUGGGCAGCCCUUUUGAAUUCCCAGACCCAGACUGGUGUAGCCAAGGGCCCAGGGGACAACAUCAAUGAGCAGGGCAGAACCAGAGGCGACAUGGUGGAGGUCAGUGGAUGGGACAGCGUCUUCAACUCUGGACUUGGGAACAACACUGUUAACCAGAAACAGACAGUCGAACACAAAGCAACAGCUGAACUUAGUCUCUAUGACGACAGACUGUCUGAGACCAGGGAGAGGGGUAGAUUUGGUCUGCAAGGACGGGGGCGUGUCCGUAUGCAGCGGGAGAGAACAGACACAGACUCGGCUAGCGAUGCUCCGUCCUGCUCCUAUAGUUGUGAUUCAGAGCGACUGAUGACACCUCAGGUAAACCCCCUAAAAGGUGCAGCCUUCAGCCUGCCUUCUAUAGGAUCUAUCAACUGGAACAUGGACCUUGCAAAAACACAGACCCUCCCUGGCCUUCAUCCUCCUCACACUCUCCUUAUGUUAAACCAGACCUCAGACAAUGCCAGUGCCUCAACACUAAAUGGCUACAUAUGCCCUUUGAGAAAUGACAGUAGUGGUGACACUAUCAUCAGAUCCGGUGGCAAAGAGAAGCGCUUCCCAUGUUCAUUCUGUGGGAAAGCCUUCAAUUUCCGCAAACAGCUGGAGAUCCACCAGAGGAUGCACACAGGGGAGAAACCAUUCAGUUGUCACCUAUGCCGAGCCAGUUUCUCACACUCGUUCACCCUGAAGAGGCACCAGAGGGUCCACACAGGGGAGAAACCCUACACCUGCCCCCACUGUGAGAAGAGGUUCUCCCACCAGCACCAUCUGAAGAGGCAUUUGAAGGUCCAUACGGGAGAGAGGCCGUUCGCCUGCACUAAUUGUGGGAAGAGGUUCUCAGACAGGAGCUACCUCAGGAUACACCAGCAGAAAAACCAUUCCCAUCUAUAACAUAGAAAGUCCUGAGCCCUAUGAUCAUGCGUUAGGAAUACUUGGCCUGAUGACUCCUGGCUGGCCCCAGUCCACCUGGUCGUGCUGCUGCUCCUGUUUCAACUGUUCUGCCUGCGGCUAGGGAACCCUGACCUGUUCACCGGACGUGCUACCUUGUCCCGGACCUGCUAUUUUCGACUCUCUCCCUCUCUUUACCGCACCUGCUGUCUCAACUUCAGAAUGCGCCGAUAUGAAAACGCAACUGACAUCUACUUCUGACCUGUUGUUGUUGCACCCUCUACAACCACUGUGAUUAUUAUUUGACCCUGCUGGUCAUCUUGAACGUUUGAACAUCUUGAAGAACAAUCUGGCCUUAAUGGCCAUGUUCUCUUAUAAUCUCCACCUGGCACAGCCAGAAGAGGACUGGUCAACCCUCAGAGCCUGGUUCCUCUCUAGGUUUCUCCCUAGUUUUCUGCCUUUCUAGGGGGGUUUUCCUAGCCACCAUGCUUCUACGUCUGCAUUGCUUGCUGUUUAUGGUUUUAGGCUGGGUUUCUGAUUAGCACUUUGUGACAUCCGCUGAUGUAAAAUGUGCUUCAUAAAUACAUUUGAUUGAUUGAUUACAUUUGUAUUGAUGUCAGAGGGAUUAGAGGGACCAUAGAGUGCGGAGUACCAGGCAAUUAGCAAGUUUGGUAGGCUACUAACCAGCAGCAGCAUCAGAACAUGGAGAAGCUUAAUUACCGUGACUCAACAGUCACAAUAUAAUUUGAUGGCCUUCAUAACUUGACCGGUGUGGCGGUAAAACUGUCACCGCAACAUCCCUAGCUGUCAUUUUCCUUUCACUAAGGAGUGGCUUCCAUCUGGCCACUUUACCAUAAAGGCCUGAUUGGUGGAGUGCUGUAGAGAUGGUUGUCCUUCUGGAAGGUUCUCCCAUCUCUACAGAGAAAUUCUGGAGUUCUGUCAGAGUGACAAUCGGGUUUUUGGUUACCUCUCUGACCAAGGCCUUCUCCUCCGAUUGCUCAGUAGACCGGGCGGCCAGCUCUAUAAAGAGUCUUGGUGAUUCCAAACUUCUUCUAUUUAAGAAUGAUGGAGGUCACAGUGUUCUUGGGGACCUUCAAAGCUUCAAGAAAUGUUUUGGUACCCUUCCCCAGAUCUGUGCCUCGACACAUUCCUCGGGGCUGUAUGGACAAUUCCUUCGACCUCAUGGCUUGGUUUUUGCUCUGACAUGCAUUGUCAAAUGUUGGACCUUUAUACAGUUUAAGUCGGAAGUUUACAUACACUUAGGUUGGAGUCAUUAAAACUCAUUUUUCAAGCAUUCCACAAAUUUCUUGUUAACAAACUAUAGUUUUGGCAAGUCGGUUAGGACAUCUACUUUGUGCAUGACACAAGUAAUUUUUCCAACAAUUGUUUACAGACAGAUUAUUUCACUUAUAAUUCACUGUAUCACAAUUCCAGUGGGUCAGAGGUUUACAUACACUAAGUUGACUGUGCCUUUAAACAGCUUGGCAAAUUCCAGAAAAUUAUGUCAUGGCUUUAGAAGCUUCUGAUAGGCUAAUUGACAUAAUUUGAGUCAAUUGGAGGUGUACCUGUGGAUGUAUUUCAAGGCCUACCUUCAAACACAGUGCCUCUUUGCUUGACAUCAUGGGAAAAUCAAAAUAAAUAACCCAAGACCGCAGAAAGAAAUUGUAGACCUCCACAAGUCUGGUUUAUCUCUGGGGUCAAUUUCCAAAUGGCUGAAGGUACCACAUUCAUCUGUACAAACAAUAGUAUGCAAGUAUAAACACCAUGGGACCACUCAGCUGUCAUACCGCUCAGGAAGGAGACACGUUCUGUCUCCUAGAGAUGAAUGUACUUGUGUGAAAAGUGCAAAUCAAUCCCAGAACAACAGCAAGGACCUUGUGAAGAUGCUGGUGGAAACCGGUACAAAAGUAUCUAUAUCCAUAGUAAAACAUUUACAUUUUACAUUAUCGACAUAACCUGAAAGGCCGCUCAGCAAGGAAGAAGCCACUGCUCCAAAACCGCCAUAAAAAAGGCAGACUAGUUUGCAACUGCACAUGGGGACAAAGAUCAUACUUUUUGUAGAAAUGUCCUCUGGUCUGAUGAAACAAAAAUAGAACUGUUUGGCCAUAAUGACCAUCGUUAUGUUUGGAGGAAAAAGGGUGAGGCUUGCAAGCUGAAGAACACCAUCCCAACAGUGAAGCGGGGGUGGCAGCAUCAUGUUGUGGGGGUGCUUUGCUGCAGGAGGGACUAGUGCACUUCACAAAAUAGAUAGCAUCAUGAGGAAGAAAAAUUAUGUGGAUAUAUUGAAGCAACAUCUCAAGACAUCAGUCAGGGACUUAAAGCAUGGUCGCAAAUGGGUCUUCCAAAUGGACAAUGACCCCAAGCAUACUUCCAAAGUUGUGGCAAAAUGGCUUAAGGACAAUAAAGUCAAGGUAUUGGAUUGGCCAUCAAAGCCCUGACCCCUCAAUCCUAUAGAAAAUUUGUGGGCAGAACUGAAAAGGCGUGUGCGAGCAACGAUGCCUACAAACCUGACUCAAUCACACCAGCUCUGUCAGGAGGAAUGGGCCAAAAUUCACCCAACUUAUUGUGGGAAGCUUGUGGAAGGCUACCCAAAAACAUCUGACUCAAGUUAAACAAUUUAAAGGCAAUGCUACCAAAUACUAAGUGAGUGUAUGUAAACUUCUGACCCACUGGGAAUGUGAUGAAAUAAAUAAAAGCUGAAAUAAAUCAUUCUCUACUAUUAUUCUGACAUUUUGAGUCUUAUAGCAUAGAGUCUGAAUACUUAUGCAAAUUAGGUAUCUGUUUUUUUAUUUGUAAUAAAUUGACAAACAUUU